AUGGUUGACGACGGGGUUUCGCCUAUCAAGUGGCGUGUUGGUGUAACUCAUACCUCCACUUUGGUGCCCCGAAUCAUUGACUCCGACGAUGUUUCCAAGAAGAUGAAGUAUAUACGCAGGGCUGAGGUAGUUCAGUAUCUUCAACUUGUGGAUGAUGUCAGAGAGCACUGCCAAAAGUACGUCGCAAAGUUGGCUAGCUUGACGCUCUUAUUUGUUUGCACGCCUGCCGAGGCAUACAAGCGUGACGUCGAAAGUAGACCUGCAGCAGAGUUUCACUAUUGGUUCAAGGAGCAUGGGAAGUCCUCUGGCCUUCACAAGUUUAAUCCAGACGAUGGCAGUGUUGUUACUUGGAUCCAGUUGGUGGAGAUCAUCGUACCACACAAGUCCCUUCUCCAAUUCGCCGCAGCUGUCAUUAACUACAAGUACCUGUGCCAGAUGCGUAUUGGUGGUACGGUCGAUUCUUGGAAUGAGCUUAAGAUGCUUAUCAUCAAUAGGUUUGCCAACACCCAUUAG